UUUCUGUAUUCCGCUUUCCCAAAAGAGGAACGAAACAAUCAAUGAUGUAAUCAAUCAAUCAUUAUCAAAUUUGUAAUAUUUUAUUUAUUUAUUUACAAUAGUAUCUGUUAGUUGCAAUAACUUUCUAGGAGUGGCUUACUUUCCGUUAAAUUAUAUUGAGUCUGUAAUAUUUUUGUAAAAACCAUGGGGAAUGCUAUAAAACCUCACAUAAAAAAUGCGGAGAGAACGGGUGUACUUCAAGUUGAAAAUACUGGAUUAACAGAAUUUCCUAGAGAGGUGUUUCAAUUGGUUAAUGUACUGAGGACUCUCGAUAUAUCAAAUAAUAAGAUUGGGAACUUGCCGCCUUCGAUAGGAAAUUUUACUCAUUUGAAGCACUUAACUGCCAGCCACAUUAGAUUGACAACUCUACCGGAUGAGUUGGGUUCCCUUAAGAAACUCGAAAGUGUGAAUUUCAGCUUGAACUCGUUGACCUUUCUCCCAGAAUCUUUUCAAGAAUUGGUGAAUUUAAGAACUCUGAACCUAAGCAAUAAUAAGUUUAGUGAGCUCCCUGCUGUUUUUUCCAAAAUGAAGCGCCUCGAACUUCUGGACAUGUCACACAAUGAACUCGUUGCAGUACCCGAUCACGUGAGAGAUGUUUCAGCCAUUGAAAUAAAUUUGAACCAAAAUCAGAUUUCAAGCUUAUCUGAAGCCAUUGCUGAAUGCUCUAAAUUAAAGGUGUUACGGUUGGAAGAAAAUUGUCUGCAACUUUCAGCCAUUCCAGAAAAAAUAUUAACUGAUUCCCAGAUAUCUCUCCUAGCUAUUGAAGGAAAUCUAUUUGAAAGUAAAGAUCUUCAUAGUAGAGAAGGGUGGGAAAAGUAUAUGGAGCGUUUUACUGCAACCAAGAAAAAAUUGUAUUAAGGUGUGUAAUAUUCUUUGCAAAAUAGUAUUUUGCUUUGUAUAUUUGGGGCAGGCUUAUUUUGAAGUUGUAAAGAAGAGUAUGCUCAUCAAUUCAUUCAUAUUUCAUUAAUUGUAAAAAUAAAAAAAAUCGUUCAUUCUGCUGGGUGUUAAAAUGUUAUGGCAUUUUUAAAUUAUAAAGUUUAUGAUUGUAUAGUUUUAAUUUAUUGAAUUAUAUAUUAUAUUCAUCAAUAAUAAAUUUCUCUUUUAAAAUUCUA